GUCCCCGAGGCGCGGCUCUCAGUAGGUGUGGUCCUUCAGUGCACACAAGUUUGGAGAUCUGAGGGCAGGGGGCGACUGUCCUCUAAUAUGAAUGUCAAAUAUUGGGAAAGUAGAUAGAAAAGACUUUAACGCCAAAGCGCAUACUGAGGGCGCAUUGUCUCAGGACUGUCAUUACACUUUUGGAUUAUUUUAGUCCAACAUUGAAAGCUAAACGCAAAGAUGGGGCUCGUGCAGCUGCUAAAAUCUCAGUUUGUGUUUCACCUGUUAAUGGUGUAUGUGUUCAUGGCCAGUGGUAUCAUUGUCAAUCUACUACAAUUGUGCACUUUACCUUUGUGGAUUGUCAAUAAACAACUCGCCCGAAAAGUCAAUGUUAGACUGGGCUACUGCAUUAUGAGUCAGAUGGUUGCACUGCUGGAGUGGUGGUCGGGCACAGAGUGCACACUUUACACAGACCCCAAGAGUUACCCUCUUUUCGGAAAAGAAAAUGCUAUAGUUGUCCUCAACCACAACUUUGAGAUUGACUUCCUGUGUGGUUGGACCUUCUGUGACCGAUUUGGGGUUUUAGGGAGCUCAAAGGUGCUUGCCAAAAAGGAUUUGGCUUAUGUACCAGUGAUUGGGUGGAUGUGGUACUUCCUGGAGAUAGUGUUUUGCAAGAGAAAGUGGGAGGAUGACAGAAAAACUGUAGCUGAAAGUCUCCAAAACCUGCACGAUUACCCAGAAAACUUUUGGUUUUUGCUUCACUGUGAAGGGACACGUUUUACACCAAAGAAGCACGAGAUCUCGAUGCAGGUGGCAGAGAGCAAAGGCCUUCCAAAACUCAAGUAUCAUCUUCUUCCCCGCACCAAAGGAUUCUGGGUAACUGUCCAGAAUCUCAGAGGAAAUGCUGCUGCUGUGUACGAUUCAACACUAAAUUUCAGAAAUAAUGAAGCCCCAACUUUGCUUGGACUCUUGAAUGGGAAGAAAUACCAUGCUGAUUUGUAUGUGAGAAGAAUCCCUCUGGAUACAGUCCCAGAAGGUGAAGCGGAGUGUGCAGCUUGGUUGCACAAACUGUACCAGGAAAAAGACAGCUUUCAAGAGCACUAUGCCCAGACGGGGCGGUUCCCUGGGCCCAUUAAAAGUCCCCCGCGCCGGCCCUGGUCUCUGAUCAACUGGGUCUUCUGGUCCUGCCUCCUCCUUUUCCCGUUGUUCCUGCUUUUUGCUCAACUAGUUCACUCUGGCGCAGUGCUAACCAUAGUGACUACAGUGGCCUUGUGCGUUGCAGGAUCAGUUGGGGCUCGUUGGAUGAUUGGCCAGACUGAGAUUGACCGAGGCUCCAGUUAUGGAAAUAAGGAGGUCCCUAUCAACAACAACUGAGGCCUACAGAGCUGCUGUCUCUUUAAACACUAUGACACAGUGCUAACUGCUCCCCCACUUCAUGGGCCAGGGCAGGUCCAGCAAGUGUGGACCUGCUUUGGAGCACAACAAAGGCAGGCAUAAUAUUCAGCACUACUAAAGCUAAGGCUAAGAGGUAGUCUGCUGCUUGUUUAACCUUCUUGCUAAAGAUUGGGAAAUAUAAGAGCAAUUGAAACAGACAUAAAACAUUAGUAUACCACAAAACUGGGUACUAUUACUGAACUUGAAAAUAAAAACAGGAACUUGAUGUUUGAAAAUUUUAAAAGGACUUUUUUUUUUUUUGUUUGUUUGUUGUAAAUUUCAGUUCUGUUUUGUACCUCAUGUUUAGUUGUAUAUUUCAUUAUUAAACCAUUUUGGAUACAAA